AAAUGCAGCUGCCAGACCUUAUUGUGUAUUAAUCUAACAAAUUAAGCUGCGUUCGUAGUGAUAAGCUGACCCCUGGUGAAGAUUACACACGCUUUAAAAAGAAACGGUAAAUCAACGCCAGCCAUCAGUUCAAAGUUGUCUAGCUUUAGCAUCUGUAGAUCCAAUCAACCAGCGCCUCCAGAAUGUCUCUGAAGUCUGACGCAGUGUUUGCCAAAAUCACCAAGAGAUUGGAGAGUGUUGAUCCGAGCAACCGCCAAGUGGAACACGUGUAUAAGUUUAAGAUCACUCAGGGCGGUAAAGUAGUCAAGAAUUGGAUUUUGGAUCUGAAAAACGUUAAGUUAUACGAGUCGGAUGCUGCUGCUGAGGCAACCUUAAUCAUGGAAGACGAAAUCAUGUUCGCUAUUGGAUCCGGCACACUCCCAGCCAAGGAAGCCAUGGCACAGGAUAAGAUGGAAGUUGAAGGGCAAGUGGAGCUGAUCUUUUUGCUGGAACCCUUCAUCACCUCACUGAAAUGAGCACGUUGCCGCAAUGUGUGAAAGCAAAUAUCAUGUCAUCCGGUUUUAUAAGUAAUUUAUUAUUAAUUGAACCUUUUCUGUUUCAUUGUCGGCACCAUUAAACCAUCUUUGUUAUUUCCUUGCAUUA